AGUGAGGCCGUGGGAGCUGCUGGCAGUGAGGGCAGGACAUGCUGGGGGCUGACAGACCGAGCUAUCCAUAUCUCUAUCCAUAGAUCCCCGGCCGGAGAUACUGACACAGGAAGCUGCCUGGUGAGUGAGAGCUGUGAUUACUGUACGAUUGGGGAAUACACAACACAUAUACACAGAAACACACACACUGCCUCCUACACUACAUAUACACAACAACACACUGCCCCUACACAACAUAUACACAGCAACACACACUGCCCCCUACACUACAUAUACACAGCAACACACACUGCCCCCUACACAACAUAUACACAGCAACACACACUGCCUCCUACACAACAUAUACACAACACACACACACUGCCUCCUACACAACAACACACACUGCCUCCUACACUACAUAUACACAGCAACACACACACUGCCUCCUACACUACAUAUACACAACAACACACACUGCCCCCUACCCAACAUAUACACAGCAACACACACACUGCCUCCUACACUACAUAUACACAGCAACACACACUGCCUCCUACACUACAUAUACACAGCAACACACACUGCCUCCUACACUACAUAUACACAGCAACACACACACUGCCUCCUACACUACAUAUACACAGCAACACACACUGCCUCCUAUACAACAUAUACACAGCAACACACACUGCCUCCUACACUACAUAUACACAGCAACACACACACUGCCUCCUACACUACAUAUACACAGCAACACACACUGCCUCCUACACAACAUAUACACAGCAACACACACUGCCUCCUACACUACAUAUACACAGCAACACACACUGCCUCCUACACUACAUAUACACAGCAACACACACUGCCCCCUACCCAACAUAUACACAGCAACACACACACUGCCUCCUACACUACAAAUACACAGCAACACACACUGCCUCCUACACUACAUAUACACAGCAACACACACACUGCCUCCUACACAACAUAUACACAGCAACACAAACACUGCCCCCUACACAACAUAUACACAGAAACACACACACUGCCUCCUACACUACAUAUACACAACAACACACACUGCCUCCUACACAACAUAUACACAGCAACACACACUGCCUCCUACACUACAUAUACACAGCAACACACACACUGCCUCCUACACUACAUAUACACAGCAACACACACUGCCUCAACACUACAUAUAGACAGCAACACACACUGCCUCAACACUACAUAUAGACAGCAACACACACUGCCUCAACACUACAUAUAGACAGCAACACACACUGCCUCAACACUACAUAUAGACAGCAACACACACUGCCUCAACACUUCAUAUAGACAGCAACACACACUGCCCCCUACACACAACACACACUGCGCGCAUUCAAACUGCCCAUAGGAAAGCAUUACAUUUUCGCAUUGAGAGGGUGAGGGUAAAUCUGGACUCAUGAGGGUGCAGCAAACAAUUUUUGCCUGAUCUUGCCCUUUAUAGGAUAACGUGGAUAAAGGUGUACUGGGGGGGAGGGAAAAUGUGUUUUAUUUAUUUAUUUAUUUUCUUCGGACACACAUGGGAACUUCUACUGGUAAUGUUGAGAAACACUUUGCUAUGUAGAUCCAAAGCAUAUGGUGUCAUCUUUCACAGGGACCCCCAGUACUCCUGAUUUAUGUGCAGUGAUCCAUAACCUGUAUUUGAUAUGGAUAACAUACAUGGCAUCCGCUUGAAUAUCCAGUGCUUUAGUUUUAAAUGACAAAUCCUACUGCUGUAAAAAAUUAAACUAAAAUGAAUUCUGCAAAACACAUUUAUCAGACACUAAGUAUCCAGUAUUAUACAGGCCGCAUAACUCUGAGGAAUGCAAUAUGUCUAUAGUGGCCAGUGUUUAUGAGCAGUUCCCUGGGCUCAUCUUUCAAACCUUAGAGGCCCAAUGAAACAACAUGGAGGACCCAUUUAUUGUUCCUGACCAAGGUUUUUACAAGUCACUUAGUUUUCUUUAUAAACUAACCUAUAUUCAUUGUUAGUAUCUAUUUUAAAACCCUUUUUCAUUCUUUCUUUCUGAAUAUUUAUAUAUUUUUUUUUGUACAAAUUAACGUUUAUACAUGUAUUACAAGGGUGAAAUAUGUAAGGAAUGCACUGUUUUGCCAGAGCUGCGCACGCAUUCAAACUGCCCAUAGGAAAGCAUUACAUUUUUGCAUUGAGCGUCGUGGAAGCGCCUCUAGUGGCUGUCAGGAAGACAGCCCCAAAGGCUGGAUUAACCCUGCCAUGAAUUAACCCUGCAAUGUAAACAUAGCAGUUUCUCUGAAACUAUGUUUACAGCUGCAAGGUUAAAACCUGGGGGACCUGGCACCCAGACCACUUCAUUGAGCUGAAGUGGUCUGGGUGACUAUAGUGGUCCUUUAACAAAAAAACAACUGUCCAUUAGUGGUUCACUGGCUUUGCAUCUUUUCCUACGUUGUGUUUCAAAGCUGUUGUAUACAGCAAACACACUCAAAGGAAUCCAUGUUUAAAAUGGAACGAGGCAAAAAUGUGAUUUUGUUAAACUAAUUUGCAUAUGCCCACCCGGAAUCCUUUGCGGUUGUAACAUCACAGCAGAUUUGUGAUAUUUAUUUUAUUUUUUUUGUGGGAAAAGCAAGUCUUAUGGCUUGACUGGUGUGCAGAGUUUGUGUUUAACAUUGUAUUAACUAUAUUUAUAUAUACAGUAUACACAUUUUGGAUUUGUGAUUUAUGUGGAAGUGCUUUUUUUAUUUAAUUGUUUUUUGUUUUGCUGCUGUCCGAUAUUUAAAAAUAUUAUGAUUAAAAUUGCAAAAAUCUAUAAACUUUGGUGUCACCCUUAAAACCGCAGCCAAAUGUACUGAUCAAAAAUGUUGUGAUCAAAACAAAACCUGGCAUUUGCGCUAAAUGUCUGUCCAACUGUAAUUCACCUCUUUCAUAUUAAAUGCACCCACACUUAUUAUAUAUCAUUUUAUUCAGGGGAAACAGGGCUUUCAUUUAACAUCAAAUAUUUAGGUAUGGAACAUAAUUUAAUAUAAAAAAAAAAAUGUGAGAAAAUAAGAAUUUUUUAAAAAAAAAUUUAGUUCAUGACAUUUUUACCCCUUAAGGACUGAGCCAAAUGUACAAGUUGUGAUCAAAACAAAAUGUAAACAAACCACAGAAUUUGGCUUUAUGUCUGAUCAACCAUAAUUUACCUCUUUCAUAUUAAAUGCACCCAGACUUAUUUGUUCGUCAAUUUGUUCUGGGGAAAAAGGGCUUUCAUUCCAUAUCAAACAUUCAUAUAUGGAACUCCAUUUUAUAUGAUUAAAAUCUAAAAAAGUUAAAACAAUUAAGAAAUGUUGCUAUUUUUCAAUUUCAGCAUGUCAAUUUAACCGUUAAUGUCACAAUACUGUUCGGUUUUACUGCAAUAAAACAUACAUAUUUGUAUUCAGAAAUGUCUCACAAGUAAAACAGUAAUCCUCAUGUAUAGGUUUUACAGGGUUUUGGAAAGUUACAGGGUCAAAUAUACGGCUUGUCCAUUAUUUUUAUUUUAUUUUUUACAUAUAAAUUUGAUUGGUUUGCUAUGACAAGGCCACCUUUGAGACCGUAUGGCAGCCACAAAACCCCCUUCAUGGCAUACCAUUAUAGGGUAUUCAAAAUGGGGUAUGCCCAUUCUUUUGUAGUAGCCACUAGGGCACAAACCCUAGCCAAAGUUAGUGUUUGUGUUUUUUUUGUAUUUCACAUAUAAACUGUAAUUUUAUUGUCAGUAUGUAGUUUACUGCCCUGAAACACUCCUAGUUCUGUUCAGUGAUGUCUCACAAGCGCCACGGUACCCCCAUGUAUAUUUUUUUAUGGGGUUUUGGAAAGUUACAGGGUCAAAUAUACGCCUGUCCAUUUUUGGUUUUAAACAUUGAAAAUUGGCAAAGCGAUUUUCUGGGUCUAUCUUGCCUUUGAGAGAGCAUGGCAGCCUGGGUAAAAUUAUUUUCACUAUUAUGGCAUACCAUUUUCAAAAGUAGGCAACCCAGAGUAUAACAAAUGGUGCAUUUUAAGAUGUUUGGUCUAACCACUUUAUCAGAAAUGAAGGGCCCACAUAGCGGUAAUAGAUUUAUUUGUGCUUUUUUCCACACAUGAACUCACCUUUCACGUGACAUUUCCUAUUCCUGGUAUGGGUUAUUGCAACAAAGCCUCACUAUUUUUUUUUUUUUUAACAUUGUCUCCUGAAUAUAACAGUACCCCCAUGUACCAGAUUUUCUGUUUUUUGGAGGGUAGUCAAGGGGACAAAAUAUUAGAUUUCAAAGUUGGAAAUUUGGCAAAGUGAUUUUCUGGACCUAUGUGGCUAUUCAGAGAGCAUGGCAGCCUGGGUAAUAACAUUUCCACAUUUAUGGCAUACCAUUUUCAAAAGUAGGCAACCCAGAGUACAAUAAAAUGCAGACCUUGAGAUGUUUGGUCUAGCCAUUUUAACAGAAAUGCUGGGCCCAUGUAGCGAUAUCUACUUUUAGUUUUUGUCUUUUUAAGAAAAAAAAAAAAUAAUGUGAUUUUAUUAACCCUUUCAGUGCUAAUCGCAGCAUUAACCCUGUGAUUGGUUUUUUUUUAUUUAUUUUUUUUUGUGAAGGCACAUUUCAAAUACUACAAUUGUAGUAUUUUGAGUUGUUUGGUGUAGCCACUUUAGAAUGGCUAGCGUAAACAGGGACAGGCCAAGGUCAGGGGAAUCCAGAAGUUAGAGUAGUCGGUAAAACAAACCAAUGGGUCGGUACAGGCAGCUAACAAAGCGUAGUCAGGACAAGCCGAGGUCAGAAAUCCAGGGAAAUCAAGCAAACAAACUGCCAAAGUCCCAUACAGAGUGAUUUAGAAGUUCAGCUCUGUAUGGUAGACUUUGAAACAGUCUGUUAUGCAGAGGCCGGGUUUAGAUGGGCAAGUUGGGCAAUAAUAACUAGAGUCCUUUUGGACUCCUUUCUUGUAGCAAACAUGGCACUUUUUGGGGGAAUUUCUUUUACUGGCGGUGGCAGGGAUUCGGGAAGGGAAGUGUUUGCCACAAAGUCUUUGGAGAUCUUCUGAUCCCAAAGUGGGAUUGGGGGGCUGGGUAAAUAAUAAAUGGGACAAAAGGCUUAGAGUGAAGUCUAGGAAAGGGCAGGGCUUGCCUAUGACCUCUUUUUUAUAGAGGACAUAGGCAUUGAAAAUUGCAAUCUGGCUCACGUAGAUUUCAAUUUUCUUGUACCAGGUCCUAGUUUUCCGGUUUACUAGAUAGGGCUGUAUGCAUUGGUCAGCCAAAUCUACUCCCCCCAUAAACUUGCUGUAGUCUACAAUGCACUUCGGCUUUUCCAGAUGUUCAGUGCUACCUCUCACAGACACUGGCACUGUACUUUCGAGAUGCAUUGUAGACUGCAUGUAUACAUCCUUCCUAUCUGUGAAACGAAGGGAAAGCAACUCAUCGUGGCGGAGUGCUGAAUAGGAACCUCUACUGCUUCUACCUCUUGCCAGGGUUUGGGGGAAACCCCUGAGAUUUUUCCUCACUGUGCCACAGGCUAGGGUUUCUAAGCAAUAUAAAUGUUUAAAUAACUGUAUACUGGUAUAAUAAUUGUCAACCCAUAGCCUAUAUCCCUUAUUCAACAAGGGAAGGAUUAGAUACCAAACAAUCUUUCCACUUGUACCCACAGAAUCAGGGCAUCCUGGUGGGUCAAUAUGGCUAUCCUUCCCCUGGUAAAUGCGAAACGCCCAUGUGUAACCAGUACAGGAUUCGCAUAAUUUUAUAAAAUUUACAUGGCGUUGAAUAUAAUUAUCUUCUUUCCUUGGUGUGAGUGAGCCUGCAAAUAGAAGCUUGUAGGACUGUGUGUGUGAUGCUUGCAUGCAAAUAGUCAUCGUACAUAUCUACAGUAAAAGUUGUUCCCUCCCUCCCCGCCUCCCUAUAGGCACGAUCAAUCGUCCAUUUUUAUUUUAUUUUUUUGUCCCCUCUCUUACCUCCUUGUCAGUGCGAGUGCAAUCCACACAUGCACUCUGAGUCUGUAAAACUGUGAGAAUGGUACAAUCAAAUGCUUCUCUAUGAGAAGUAUUUAAUUGGACCUCCAAUAUAGAAACAGUGAUGGCGUGUAGCAACAUUCUAGAAGAACUUGGCCCAUCGUUGGGUUUGGGUAAGUUUUUUUUUUUUUAAGUUUAUUCUACAGGUUUUGUAAGAAAAAAAAUAAGUGGCAGCAAAUUAGUAAUUUAAAGCAAAAAUAAAGUGAAAAGAAAAUGUUUGCAGUAGCCCUUGCUCAUUGUAGCCUCUUGGAUUCUUAUUCCAAGGUUCUCAACAUCUUUCAUGUUAGUGAAUCGAGUGCCUGAAAUGUCUCGUUUUACAAGUAGUCAUUUUCACUAAUGUCCGUUUAUUUUGUUCAGUUAUGGCACCUGUUCUGAUAUAUAUGCCACUUCUUUACUUCUGAUUAGUAGAAGUCAUGGUUUUUUUGGGGGGGGGGGGAGAGAGGAAAGGGUUUAAACAGAAUGCUCUAUUUUAUUGAGAGGAAAUCUGAUAUCAAAGUUAUGUUGUUGUGUUUAUACUGAGAGGAAUCCUAAGGUUGUCUGCAGAGAUCCAUUUGUACUUGUCACUAUACACAAACCUUGUCAGCAACUCCCUGGUGUUCCCAAUAGUAUUAAGAUAACCUUGUACUUUCUCCAGGGACUUAAUCACAUGCAUUAGACAAAUUCCCAUGUGCAGUGCCCCAUCUGCUUGGGUAAUGGAGAGUGCUGGUAUCCUGGUUACUCACUAGCCUCUGUACCUUAUGUAUAACUGUUCUAUACUAAGUGUAUGCCUAGAAAGAAUAAUUGUAGUGGUCAGCACUUUUGACAUCCGCUCCUGACAUCCCCAUUUUCUGGUUCCUAAAUAGCUUAUUUAUCACAUUAUAGCAAUGAUGUCAUGUAAGCCUUCUCUGAGGAAGAAAUGACUCAGACCUGUUGUAAAAUGUUUUUGUCUCAAUUUGGAACACAAUAUAUUAGCAAGAAACAAUGUAUCGUCUUUCCAAAAGGACAUUGUUAUUAUUCAAACAGCGCUGUCACUUUUGAGCUGUUCAUAAAGUGAGACUCUUUGUAAAAAGUUCAGUUUUUCUGUGUUGGGUUUUAUUUUAAAAGGUUACACCGAGCAGUGAUUUGAAGUGGUCAUGGUACUUGGAAUCUGUAUGCGCAGCUUUUUGAUUUGAAAAGCUGCACAUUGCUACCGAUUACUGUAACUCCACUUUCGGCUGCAUAAUUAUUUAGACCAUAAUGAGACUUACCUGCUUGCUAAUGAUAUAUCACACAUAGCAUGCUGAUGACAGAAGACAAUUGGCAGCACAACACCCAAGUUCUCCCCUUGAUUUGGAAUAAUUCCCCAACUAAACUUUUGCAAACAUUUAUUUUCAUUUCACUCUAAUAGGUGUUUAGUGAAUACAGUCCUUGCAAGCUUAUUACAAUAACAAAAAUGUAUUACUAUACGCAUUAAUGUAGGGCCAAUUAUUCCAAGCACUUGACUGUAUUACAAUAGGAAAAUAUAGCAGCAAGUAAUUGACCGGUAAAAGAGUUGGAGAUUUUUGUCCUAAAAUUUUAAAUUAACUUUGAAUUAACCACUAAUUAACACUGUACAGUAAUGAAAAACCUGCUUGUUUUAUUGGGAUUUAUAAUGCAGUGCAUCAUUAUACACUUCAAAUGACAGAUUAUACUUUUAUACUUCCACAAUAUAGGAAAGGGCCAUGGGAAAUUCUACAGGUUAAAGUCCUUGCUAUAUAAUUACAGUUUGGUGAUUUAUAAUACAAAAGCUCUGUGUAAGAAGACAAAAUACAUAAUUUCAACAGACUUCCUUGAUGCCUUCAUGUGUAUUAGUCCAGGCCAACUUUGUGGUUCACCAUUAAACCAUAACUCCAUCACAGAUAUAUUUACACAUGGGAAGAACUGCAGUUUCAGUUUAUUGAGGAAACCAUUUUCUAACCAUUUUAAAUACUUUAUAGCGUCUGGCUGGGUGCUGACUGCAAGUCUAAAACAGAUAGUGGAGGACAAGAGGAGAACAAUUUCACCAAAUAUAUUUGAAGGCCACAAUUAGUGCUACAUAGCAUGAGAGAUUUUUUUUUUUUUUUUUUUUUGCAUUUAUCUACUGUUGACAUAUAGUGUAGUACAAACGUAGAGCUUUUGGUCUGCAUGCAGUCUUGUAGAAUAUUCUCUUGCUUGUAGAACUUUAGGACUCUUUGAUUAGAAUCCUUUCUUUAAUUUCCUCAGUUCCCUUCAUUUUUAGUCCUAUUGUGUAUUUUUAGGCAAUCCUAGCUAGGUUUGGUGCUUGUUGUUGGUUUCAUAUAAUUGGCAAUGAAUGCUAAGGAAGCAUGGCAAAACUACAUUUUUGUUUGAGCAUCAUGUCAAAACGUAUGUAGAUUAUCUUGGCUGAUGAGACAUGCAGAUCUAAAACCCAUGCAUUCUAGCUCCAUCACUUGGAUGUUUGACUUUAAAAGCGGAAGUGUUGUGACCCCUUACUGGAAACAGAGUUUUUUACUAAAGUGAAUUUCAAAGUUAAGGCCAGAGUAGCUGAACUGAAAACAUAGCAGACUUAGGGAAUUGUUUCAGUUUGGCUAUUAUAACUUUAAACUGGAAAAUCACUUUGAAUUCUCACUUGAGUAAAUAACCCUGUUAAUAAAAAUAACAAUAAGCAAAACACUGCAACACUUACUGCAACCUUACACUGGAAAAACUUACAACUAUCUUCCAAUCAUUAUCAGUGAUGUCUUGAUAAAGGCCAGAGAUAGUUGAAACAUAUAUCUUGGUUUAAGGCAGGGGUGCCCAAAAAGUAGAUAGAUGUUGUAGAACUACAACUCCCAUGAUGCUUUGCAUGCCUUUUAGAAUGAAAAACCAUCAUGUGAGCUGUAGUUUUUAAAACAUCUGGGGAUCUACCUUUUUGGGCACCCCUGGUUUAAGGAGGGAAUCACAUCACAUCCGUUUUAUGAGUACUCGCUAGACUGGUUUUGGAUUUAUGACAUAUUGGAUUUUUGAGGCUGAGCCAGGGGUCUGCAUACAAUUCUAGAAUAUAAAUAUGUGGGUGCUCACUAAAGUACUCAGCUAAUUUACUGGAACCUAGUCAUCUGUGUACAUUUCCAUUAAAAAAAUUUUUUUUUUUUUUUUAUAAGUAAUAAUGAAGUUGUUCAAGUAUGCACUCAGCAGCAAACAUUGGCAAUUCAUUAACUUGUUAAAUUUAAACAAAUUAUAAUGAAUGUUCAGAAAAAUGGCACAUGAUACAGGUUGUGUAAUCCAAGGAAGCAUCUGGUUUCUGCAAAUGUCCUUGUAGAAGAUCAAAAGCAGAGAUUUUCUGCCAAAAAGGGACCUUGAUUCGUUAUGGUGGUAGGAAUGCUCUGGUGCCCCCAAUGUAUGUUUGCAAAUGGUUUGAUAACUUAUCUGGGGUCUACUAAACACCAGUUACCUGCUCUGAGCUGCCUUGACAGAGAGUGCUCGUCAGACAUUUUCAGCCAGUGAGCUGGCCAUGCAUGGGUGGAUUUAGUUCGGGAGAGCUGACUGAAGUUCUGUGCAGGAGCUUCCCAGUCACAGGAAGUAAGAAGGAAGUGUCUGCACCUGAUGAAUCUCAGGUAAGUUGUCAGUUUGUUGGCAAAGGGUUUAUCUACUUAUAUUGGGGAAGUGUUGGGAUACUCCGGGCACCAUAACCUCUACAGCAUGCACCGUGGUUAUGAUGCUUGGAGUUAUCCUUUAAAGAAACCCAACAGAGUACGUUUCUCUGUGCUUGCCCCAAUAAAAACAGAGCACCUUGUGCAUGCAGUGUCCAUUAAACCCAAUGUUGAUGACAUUUGUUCAAAUAGUGUUAUCUGACUUUUUUAAAAACAUGUAAAUCUAAUUGCCUGUCGACUUUUAUGUACUUCCAACAAAAUAAGGAAAAGUUUCUCAUUUUCUUUUUUCACAGUUGUAUAAAGAAAGCUCUGUUUUAAAAUGUCAUCAAACAAAGACCCAUGUAGUGGAAGAAUUCCUUGGCACAGUUACACAGCAAAUUAUGGAUGUGAUGUGCAAAAUGUGAAAUAUCCCAUUCAAUUGAAGUCCCACAUGAAGGAAUUGCAUUGUACAGAGAAUGUUCUUGUAAAGCCUGGCAUUGUUGGAUAUUUCCCAGAUAUUUUAUCAUUUGCAUGUAUAUGGUGACGAUUGCUGAUUGGUCAGUGGCUUGACUCUACAUCUGUAUUUAAAAAGUCAACAAAGUAGGGCUUGAUACAUUUCCAUAUAAUAUAGGAGCCAGACAAAAUGUAAUUGUAAUUUUGUUUGUUAUAUUUUAUAUGCAUGCUCUUGUAUUCAGUCAGAGUAGCGGGAUGAUGUGAUUCCUUAUCUCACCCACAACUUUAAAAUGUUACUCUAAGCAUCAGAACAACUACAGCAUGCUUUGAUGCCAGGAGUAACCUGACACCUUUCCUUUUUUGGCUUGUCCUCUUCACAGGGUCCUGACAGGUGGCAAACAUCCUGUGAGUUGAGUGACCCGCUUCCAACUUCUGCACAGCUGCAUUCCAUCGCCAGUUCAUUGGUGGAGAGCGUCAAUUGAUUACUGAAAUCACUAACGUGGUUAUCUUUGGAGCAACCAUUUAAUGCAUUUGAUUUUGGCUUCAUUGAUACGUUGUAUCUGGGCUUGAAAAAUUUGCUUGAAAUCUAGGAGCCAGCUAAAAAUGUUAGGAGACAGAUUUUUCAACUUUAAAAAAUUUCUUAAAGGGACACUAGUCACCAGAAUCACUUCGGCUUCAGUUUGUUCUGAAGUCUAUAUACUGUCCCUGCACGCUUUUCAAUGUAAACAUUGACUUUUCAGACUAAAGGCAUGGUUUACAUUCCUGUCUGGUAAUAGUCACUCAGACAGCCUCUAGAUGUGCUUCCUGGGUCAGUGCUGCACAGUGUGCAGCACCUACAUUAAUGCUCCCCAUAGGUAUGCAUUGAUUUAAUGCGUCUCUAUGAAGAGAAGUUGAUUGAGCAACAUGGCGUUUUGCUGCGCAUGUGCAAUACUCUCCCAAUGUUUUUCUCUGGGAAAGCAAUGGAUUGGCUGAGAUCAAGAUUGUUGACCUCAGCCAUGGAGAUGGGGCUAGCCACGGUGUCAUCCACACAGUUUGGGGAAAAGCGAUCAAAAGAUCUCCCUGCGCAGCCCUUUAAGAUUCUUCUUUCUGGGUGGCAGCUGCACUCUCUCUCUCACGGUUCCUGCACUCUGGGAGGGAGUCAGACCACUGGCAACCAGAGUUAGUUUUGUCGUCUAUCAAUUUUAGUCAAAAUUUAGUAAAACUGAAACAAUUCAGGUGACUAAAAUACGACGAAUGACUUUUUAGUCAAAAGACUAUAUCUAAGAAUAAAUUGACAUUUGCCGCCAAAUUGAACACUGCUGGCGAUGGGUUUCCCAGCCUGUGCUCUGAUAUGAUCACAGAGUGCCGGAAUAGAAGUCCUGCAUCUGCUCUAGUGGCCCACCACCUGUGCCGUCCUUCCUGCCCAGGAGGUAAGCAGGAAGGGAGGCAAAUGUUAAGGCAAUUGCAGUGUGGGAGCCUGUUUUAACACAGCCUCCACUGUCCUUCCACAUGUACAAAUCCCCUAUACAUUGUCAUCCCCACAGUCACUGAUCCCCAAACCUUGGUACAUAAUGCUAGACACACACUCUGUCCCACCCCAUACAGGUCUUACAGUCUCAUCACACACCGAGCACACCUCCACUGCACACACAACCGUUCGUGACACAGAGCCAAGCACUCUAGAUGGUGGACCCAAUAUGGCACCCUGUCUAGGGGCCAGGGCAACCUUAAUCUGGCUCUGGCACCACUGAGCAGUGGACAGGAAGGCCUGCUAUGGACUGGUCUGCCUUGGUGGGGGUGAUUAGAUCUGGUAGCAUGAGGUUUUCACCUCCUGCAAGUGCAGACCUCCGUCAUGUAUUCCUUGUGAUUUGGUGCUCUGUAGUGAGUCAGAGCGCAGCUACCAGAUUUUCCCAGUUUGCACGCUUGCUCGCUGAGUGCUAAACUGUGAUGGGUUGAUUACUGAGUCUGCAUCUGCCAUGGAGCAAACUUCAUACUCUCCUGCUGGGCCAUCAGGAAUUUAGGACCCUGAUAGACCACCAGGCAGAGCUAAUCCAUGCUGGACCACCAAGGAGUUUAUCUACCAGGGAUAAAAGCACUCCUUCCUUGAAGAAAGCCAUGCAGGAGGGGCUACAUUAUACACACACACACAUUACAUACAUCCAGCUCAUCUCUCACACACUCAUUACAUGCAAUUUUUUUUUAGCUAAUUUUAUGGUAAACUCAUCUAGCAGGUGGUGUAAAAUAUUUGGACUGGGGUUGUGAGGGGUGCAAUGUCGGUGCUUGCCAUAGGUGCUAUCUUUAGUAGAUAUGCCUCUACAUAUCCCCCCCACUCCAGAAAAAAAUCUACUGUAUGAAUAUAUGUACACAGGUCAGCCAAUGGACUACAGAGCAACCUGCAUUAGGAGAGGACACCCAUGUAGAUAUAUAAGCAAAUCUCUACCUAUCUGACUGUAGUUUCUAUGACUGUCUGCAGAUAGUUUGUGAAUUAAAGUGGCACUGUCAUGACUGCAUCUGUUUGUUUUUGUUUUUUAACCCCACUCCAGUGCAUUUGACUGUCACCCUAUGUCCCCAAUUUCACCCUUUUUUACCUGUUAAUUUCUUGCCCGGAUCUAGGUGCCGCCAUCUUAGUGUGGGUAGAUGAAAGCCCUGCGGGACACGUCAUCUGCCCACACUAGAUAGCGCUGCAAAAUUCUAGUGCAAGCCCUGUUGAAUACUUGUGCAUUCGCUAUUGUCAGAAUUUCAGACGGGAAUUUUGGCUAUUCGUUCAUCAAUCAGAAAGAAGCAUGGAUGCAUAGAAAUUUCAAAGGACGAACAAAAACAGAAUUUCAUUUUGGUUUUCUUUUGUUAGUUUAGUUUAUUACAAGGAGGGAGCUACCGGCUUGCGGUUCCCUCCUUAUAAUAUGUAAAAUAGAAGCAGUGCUCCCUACCCCCCUCACUCUAUGGAGUAUAAUAUGGCCCCCAUAUUGGCAUAAGAGAGAAAAGGGGGGCCUAUUGUCUCCUCCCCAUUAGCGGUGGAUAAGAGCCUUGUGACAAUAGGGAGGGGGACCUAUUGUCUCACUCCCCCACCUAUUGGGGUUUGGGCUAAUUAUUAAGAUGACCCUAGUUCCCCCUCUCCCUCUCCCCCCCCCACCCCCACCAAAAAAAACCCUACCUGCACCAACAAACCCAGACGCUAAAACAUAAUUCAUCUUCACCCAGCGAGGUUACCACGUAGAAUUAUAAUGCCUUCCUGUGCCCUGCAGUUUGACUCAGAGCACUCUUGAACCUUACCUUACUGGUUACCUGCAAGGCUCCAGACUUACCGGUCAGAGCACUCUGGUUGCAAUCAGCACGCUCUGAGUAAAAUUACAGGGCACGGGGAGGCUUUAUAAUACCAUUAUUUUCAUUAUUUUAAGUGUUCCGUGUAAUAUAGAAUAUCCUUGUAAAAAUCCAUGUUUUUGUAAAAUUUAUUAAUAGUCAAAAGUCAGCUGAGAUUGCAAGAAAGCUUGUGAAUGUGACCCUUGGUCACAAAGUAAUGCAAACCAUGAAUGUAAUUUUAAUCUUGUGGUAACAAACAGGAAGAGUCAAUUUCAUCCCGAUAUACGCACUAUAGAGGAAGCAAAAUCUUUUGGACUUUGGAUCCAGACGAAUUCACUGUUUUGUCAAAAAUUUAGUAAUUAUUUCCAUUAUACAGACGUGUAAGGAUCGAUCGUAUUUUUUAAAAUGAAGGAGGCCUAAAAUGCUUUUGACAUUGUAUUAUCCAUUUUUUUUUUUCUGGGUUUCCGGUUUACAGAUAGAUGGAGAUAAGGCUUUUGAAGAAGAAUUUACUAAUCGCUGUGGCUUCUGUUAGCUCUGACAGUGGAUUCACCCAUGUAUUUUUAUUAACUUAAUGUGUUCACUGAAUGUAUUGUUGAAUUGCUUGUCUUAAAAACCCUUAAAAGUUAAUGAUUUAUAAGAUUUCUCAGGGCGUUUCUACUGUAAAUUUUGGAAAGAUUGGGAUUGGAUGAUCAUUAUCAGCCACUUCCAGGUUCCUGUUAAAACUGUGAAUUUGCUGCAAACUAGGAAGGAUUUCAACAGUGUUGGCACCAAAACCACUACAUCUUAAAUAGUUUUUCCAAGCACCAUGACUACUUUGGGGGUUUGAAGUGUUUAUGGUGCCUGGAGUCUGUAUGUGCAGGGUUUUAGUAAGAAAUGCAACACAUAGAUAAUUACCUUUGCUGCCAGAGGUGUCGUUAGCCAUUCCAGAGCAAGCUUCAGGUUGACUGUUAAAGGAACACUAUUGCGUUGAGAAAUAAAAGUGUUUCUAAUGCUAUAAAUGUACUCUACCUAAUUAUGUCCUCUCCCAAUCCAAUGUGUUCCCAUAGGGAAGCAUUGUGAGGCUUGGGCACCUACAUAGCAAAAUGCUGCUCUGUGCGAAUGCAAUGGUCUCUAUGAAAGCAUCUGAUUGGAUAGCGGAGUUUAACUUUGCUAUUGUGGUGGAAGCGCCUCUAGUGCGUGUCUGGAAUGCAGCCACUAGAAGCAUGUUAACCCUACAAUCUAAACAUUGCCAUAUCUACUAAAUCGCAAUGUUUUCAGUUGCAAGGUUAAAGAGACAGACAUGGCACCUAGAACACUUCUUUGAGAGUAAGUGCUCUGGUUGCCUAUAGAGUUCCUUAAAGGGAUACUAUUGUACCAGGAAUACAAAGCUGUAUUCCUGGCACGAUCGCUCCUCCUGCCUCUCCCCUCCCCUACACACCCCCUCCUGAGUGAAUAAGGGGUUUUUAACCAUUUUACUUUCCUGAUCCUAGUGCCAACGUUCCUCGGCGUUGGGUCGAAGCUUCUCCUCCGCCCCACGAUGAGCAGGCUCUUAUGCGCAUGAGAGGCUAAUGCCACGCAUGCAUUAGACAUCCCCAUAGAAAAUAAUUAAAUCAAUGGUUUCCUAUGGGGAUAAAUCUGACGCUGGAGGUCAUCGUGCAGAGCGUGAAGACGUCCAGAGUCAGUUACCGGACCAAAGCUCCUUUUUAAACCAGGAAGCCCUGUAGUGGCUGUCUGCUAGACUGACACUGGAGGCAGAUUUAGUGCUGCAAUGUAAACAUUACAGUUUCUAUGGAUCUGCAAUGUAUAACACUGCAGCACUAAAGGCAAUAGGGACACUAUACUUGGAGAUCACUUCAAUGAGCUGAAGUGGUCUGGGUGCCUACAGUGUCCCCUUAAAUAUUAGCAGGGUUAUUCACUAAACUAAUCACUAGGUGACCUUAAAGUAAAUUUAAAAUUUAACUCACGGUAAAUAAUAUUUUGAUUCUACUAUUGUUUUUUUUGUUUUUUUAUUCUUUAGUUUUUGUUGUGCAGGGGGGUUACAAUGUAUCAACAUACGCCACAACAGCGUGAUUCAAGAGUAACAAUAGUUAGACUGUGGCAUGAGAAUUCGCACAUUUUUGUAUAUAUAUGUGUAUUUCAAGCUUGGCUAAUCGGUGUUUGUGUUAAAAUAGAGUGAGAUAAGCUCAACAUCGCUUGGUUAGUUAAGUUAGCGUGAUUGUGGAAUGGCAGCUUGUUGAUUCUAUUAUUCCAACCAAUAUUUUUAAGCAGAGUUUAAGUUCUCUCGUUGAUGUAUAACCGUGUAAGUUGUUCUUCUGCCAAGUCUGAGAUCCCAACAGAUUGCUUUAUGGAGUUUUAACUGUUAGGUGUACUUAAAAGAACACUCUAAAACCCUAGUGUCCCCUCUUUCACACUUUAUAUAAGAGCCAGUAUAAGAAGAAAUCAGCACCUUUUUUGAACAGGUUGGGUUCUUGCUGAUUACAGCACAAAGCUGAAAGCAAGAGAAGCAUUGCAGGAGCAGCACAGCAAUUUUAGAACCUGUGCCCUUUUUUGCAAUACUUCCAUAUGAAAAGCAUUCUGUUGAUCAGGAACUCACAGGAGAGGAGUAUUUUAGAAUGAGAAAUGUGGGACAAAAGAGGCAGGCUUAAGAUGGAUGCUGCUAAACCUUUAUUUUGCACUCUGUAUACAAUUGCCAAGGGGCAAAUCCAAUUAGUUAUUUAAACUAAAAGAUCUAAAAUGCAAAAAGGUUUUGUUGGUACUUGGAGCAUCUCUUUUUAAUAUACUAAGUAUGAUGUAUUUUUAUAGCUCUAUUAUGUCAGCAAAUAGUUGUGGGGGUGGGUUAGACAGGAGCAGCUGUGGAUGGAAUCAAGUGGGAACAUAUGGGAUAAUUAAGGAUGCAAGGAGAGGCGACUAUAAGUGUAUGGAAUCUUUAAGUUGUUCUCUGUUGUAUAGGGAGAUACAAAGGGGAAUGUGAAUGCAAUAAUAUUUUUCAGAGGGCGUGGAUUGUUCCAUUUCACACACAGCCCUGUACAAGCAGGCAUAGUUACAGAACCCAUGCAGUUGACUAGAAGAUAGAAGGCUAAACUGUUCAGGUAUUCCUGUUUAGCUUGCCAUCUUUUAUAGAAUGUUGCAAUAGCUCUCUUUAUCCAUGAUUCUGAACCUCACUUUGCCAUGUUUUAAGUUUAAAGGAACACUAUUGGGUCAGGAACCUAAACAUGUAUUCCUGACCCUAUAUUGUUAAGACCACCAUCUAGCCCCCCUUGCCUCCCUAAAUAUAGUACAAGUCUUACUUGUAUUCAAGACUGCAGACUGUCAGGUUUUUUUAGCUUCCUAACAAUCCACACUUUAGUGAAUAACCUUGACUUUCUCUCCUUUGUGAAACCAUGGGAGUGUGCUGUAUAUUGCUCAUCAAACUAAAUUAAAGAAAUGAGGGCUAUGAAGGCAAUGACAGAUUAUCUUUACAAUCGGAGUCUUUCCAUCGUACAUGGCUUCUUUUUGUAUGCGGAUACAAAUUUGUGUGUCUUCUUCUGGUCAUGGGAGUAAGUUUAUAUUUGCUGUAUGUUUGGUUACAUGGAGCCAAUCUCCCCCGUUUCUUCCUAUCUCCCAAUGAAGAUUUCAGCCUUUACUCUUUCAAUAGUAAUUUCUAAUUAUUUCUCUACUUACUUUUACUUAGCAACUAUAGACCUUUCUUAUGAUUUCAAAUCGACUUUUAUUUUUAUCCAAAUUCACCCUGGUAUAAAUUAAUACCAGGUUAUUAUUUGCAGGAAACCAAAUGCAACAAGUAGGAAAACUGCCAUCCUCUCUUAACCAAGGGUGUUUUUAACAUUGUCAUUUUCUGAGCCACAGUAAAAUGUAUGUGGAUUAAAGGCAAGUCUACUGGCUUUUCUUCGUGCUAAAAAUCUCACAUACCAUAAGAGAGCAGUAAAUACUGCGAAUUACAUAACCACUUACAUCUGUGUGCAUCUAGUUAUUGCCAAGGAAUCAUUUACUGUAUGGUACAUUGGCAUCUGAUCACCAGCUGUUAAGUAUUAUCUUACAAUUAAUCUCUAGAAGCUAUUUCACAAUCUGACAACAUUUUUAUUGCUUGCCCCCUCCUCUCCCUAAGCCCUUGGAGUUAGAUGUAAUAUAUAGAGGUCUGCUGUGAAUAAUCUCUAGUAUUUGAUUCUUGGGGAUGAUCCAGUCUGUACAUUCACUUGCCAGUGACUGGACAUGGAUAAAACAAUGGAGCUACUUGAUGUUGUUCACACUGUGUGUGACCCUCAUCGGCUAGGAUUUCAUAUGCUCCGGCAACUUGUGUGGGUCUUUCAAUGACUUGGGCUUGUGCUCUUUCCUUUGCUGUUCAUUGGCCAGAAUCCCACUUGUAUAUUUCUGAAGUAUACCCAUUGCCUGAAUGAACGGUUUGAUAUUUUGUAAAACAAAGAUAGGAUUAUUCUUUGCUACUGUGGUUUCUAGAAGAGAGACACAUUUUCCUUCUGGAUUGUGAAUAAGGGCCAUAUGGUGGUAAAAGCAAAAUUCGCUUUCAAGUUAAGAGAAUAACCAAACUAACUCAAAAGAGAAAGAUCUGUCCCUUUGUAAUAACUUAAGAAAUAUUGCGGAACAGCUUGCAAUGCAACCCAAAUAUAUUCUACUUUGCAUUUAACCCAAAAGUUAGACUAGUGUAGUUAUGUUUCAAACUUUAAAUUUAGCUAAGGACCACCAGUGCAUGGUGGAAGGCGAUUCCAAACUCUGCCACCUAGGAGUUCGGCUAACCUCCAACAUGUUCUGUAUUCUGUAAAUGUUCUUUUUCUCCAAUACAUUAUGAAAAGCAUUGAAACAAUGGCGUUUUCUCCAAUCUUGUUCUGGCAGCAUCAUUGCUAUAAAAUAAACUUACUGCAGAGAUUACAUUUCCUCAUUGCAACAAUUCCCAUGAAUCAUCAAGUCUUUUCUGCUUUGGCCUCCUACUGGUCAGGAUGAAAUGUUUGUAUCCUUUAUGGUUUCUACUAAAGGACUUUUGCUUGUCCUUGCAAACGUGGACAUACUGACCGCAGAAUGAAACCCUGACCUCCUAGGUAGACACAUAUUUUCUAUUAAUAUGCAUGCAUGCAACAAGAAACUGUCAGGUUUCUACUAUAGUAAGAACAACAGAGAGAAAAUUGUGAACAUUGACAAAAGGGUUUCAGCUUUUGUACAAAAUAACCAUUUCAAACAUUUACUAUUUGCUUUCUUCCUGGUGUAUUUGUUUGUGUGUUUGGUUUUUUUUAUUUAUUUUUUUCCUACAUUUUUGUCAUUCUCAUUGCCUCAGUUACUAUGUGGUUUUCUUUUUGGCUUUCAAAUAAUCAUUCGGCAAAUAAAACAAAAUGUCUCUUGUGUGUCACAGGUACCUUUCUUGAGCAAUAUACCAAACCCCUUUGUGUGCUGCACCAAGCCAAAUGGAUACUGAAUGGUAAAGCUGUGAUGAUCCACUAGUGCCUUAGUCUAUUUAGUAAAAAAACACAGGAAGACCAUUUGUGGUGAUCCCAUCUAAAAACUGAUGAAAGGUAAAACAUUUUAAGGUUUGACUUAAAUAAUACUGACUUGAUUGGUUGUUAAGCUCUUUUUUGUGAUUUAUCAAUCCUCGUAAGAUAGGUCUAUGUAUAGACUGGAAUCUGUGUCACAAUAGCCGUUUGCAAACCCUCCUUAUCUAGGUAUUUCUGCCAGCUGGCGAAAGUGAUGUCUCCGUUCCAUAUUUUGAAAGCUCAGAAUGUACUUAACGAUUAAUCUGCUCGAAAUACCGUUGAUUUGUAUUUUGAAAUGAAAAUAAAAACAUGCACAUUUCUUGAAAUAGAGAGAAAACUACAGUAACCAUAAAAUCUGUUUUUCUAUGAGGAAAACUCAGCGAUGUCUGUAGCUUUUGUUAACUUGCAUGUUGCUUGUUCUGAUUGUUCAUUUUUGUCAAAGAAUGUGGACCAGUGUACAAAAUGCCAUCACUUAAACCUCUGCUACUCUCACUUGAGUGAGAAAAUGCUGUGUACGGAUUUGUGGUAAAGGAAGCUCCUGCAACCAACACAUCUUCAGUGUUUUAAUAGAGUUGACCUCAUUAUAGGAGCACUUCUAGCGCCAUAACCAUUACAACGCUCUAAAGCCUAACCUUCCUCCCUCCCUCCCUCCCAUUGAUUUAGAACUGUUUGACCUUUUAACUAAGGUACCACUGGCAUCAGACAUCUGAUGUCGUACAUCCUUGUCUCCACUACUUCUGACAGAGAGCAAGAAACUUCUAAGCAGAAGCUUUUUGUCUCUCUGGAGCUAGGCCAUUCAUUGCUGGGCUUAGCUCAGAUAAAGAGCUUCUGGCUCUUGAUCUGAAGCUGUGGAGCUGUUUAGUGUUACUUAGUGGACCCUAAGUAAACAUUAAACCGUUUUAAAAUGGUUUGACUCCCGUUCACUGUAAUGGUUAUGGUGCUUGUAGUGUUCCUUUUUAAUAUUUUUUUUCAUUUUAUUUUUCACUCUUCUUGCAUGCUCAAACCUUUGUAGUGUUUCAGAACCAGAAGUGCCUCCUUAGCCAUGUCCCCUCCUCCCAGUAAAAUGACUUUCUUAUCCAUUAACGUACUCAGAGGGCAGACUGCCACAGACUUCAGUGAGUGAGCUGAACUACUAUAAGCCAACCAGUAUAUAUUCGAUACACAUAGGUAAAAUCAAAAUAAACAGAAAAAUGGAUAACCAAUCAGAUGUCUGAGACGAGGGGAGAGUGUAUACCGCUUGGCCCUGUUCUGUGAUUGAACAGAUUAUGUAAAGAGCAAAAACAAUGUUUCUGCUUUUGCUCCACCAAUACAUUGUGCUGUGGCCAGGCCAUGACUCGACUGAACUAUAUUAUGAUAUCCGUUGCAAAGUUUUUAGAAUGAAAAGAAAAGAUAAAUCACAUACCAUGAAAAACGGUUUCAAACACAAGUUAUUAUUUGCAUUGGUGUAAUAAUUGUGUGAUUUCAAGGGAGGCGGCAAAUAAUUCAUUUAUAUAGCAUGCAUCCUUGCAUUCUAUGGAACUGUUCUUGGGAUUGUCCUAGCAGCUUGUGUAUUUACUGUGUGACACCAUGAGCUAUUAGUAAUUAUUCCAGUUCUAGCAAAUGUUUAAGAAUUUUCUAUAUAUGAAACACACAGCUUAACUGCACAGAUUUGAAGAACAUUUUCUUUGUUUACCUUCUCUUCUAGAAUUCGAGGAUAAUUUUUAAAUCCAAUUAAUGAAACAUGCAUCACGCGGUUCAGGUAUUUUCUCUUUUUUUUUUAUUUUAUUUAUAAUUUUUUUGCUUUAAGGAUGAUAUAAGUUGCAAAGCAAGUAAGAUUGUUUGGUUCUUAUAUAUUUUUUUUUUUUAUAUUUUUUUUUUUAACACAAAAUACAAACUUAUCCUGUUUUUGUAAAGCAGGGGCAGCCAAAGUAAGACCUUUAGAUGCUGCAAAACUACACCUUCAAUUCUGCGUACCAGCUUUUUUUGCUCUUGAUUUUUUGUUUCCUUUAGUAAGGCUUUAUUAUACAAAAAUCUAUUAAACUUUGCCUUUUACCAUCCCUGCAUGAUCGAUAAAUAGUAGCCAGUCCUGAAAGCAUUUGCACAACAUGUAAUAAGGGGAGCCAGAAGUUGCCUCUAUAAGCCUUAAUUUGAUUGCAAAUGACCUAAGUUGCCUUAGUGACUCUGCAGAAAUCUUACUUGGAUUAAUGCAAUUUUUAUUUUUUUAUUUUUUUUAAAUCAUUUGACUAAUUUCUAUGCAGGAAGGCAAUGUAUUUAUAUAUUUAUUUGUUACUGGCAUUUAUAAAGUGCCAACAUGUUUCUCAGCGCUGCACAACUGGUAUAGUUUCACUUGUUAGAGGAAGAACUAAAGCCAGAACAAUCUCCUUAAAUAAUUAAAUAAUGUAGUUAUUAACUGAUUAACAUUCUAUAAGAAAUAAUGUUGGCAUGUAGAGAUAAUUUGACAAUACUAUGGUUUUGGAGGCUAUACCAAUUGACAUGAGGUCUUAAUGAGAACAUUUUCUUGCUCCUACUCUUCAUCCUCAGGUGUGGUUUGGAGAUGACGUGCCACUAAGUUCAAGAAGCCCUUUGAUUCCUAGACAUGGGCCAGGCCUUGCUGAUGUUUCCCAAUAUGACCAGUGGCUAGCUGUGCGCCACGAAGCCACCUUGAUACCCAUGCAAGAAGAUCUGUCAAUCUGGCUCACUGGCUUGUUAGGUACGUCUGUAAUAUAAGAGUGUGUGUGUGUGUGUGUGUGUAUGUAUAUAUGUGUGUGUGUAUAUAUGUGUAUGUGUAUAUGUAUAUAUAUAUGUAUGUGUGUGUGUAUAUAUAUAUAUUAUAUUCAGAUGUCUGGUUUGUGACCAAACAGUCUGGUGAUGCUUCCCCCGUAAUGUAGUGUGCUCAGGCAGUCACGACAGGGUGCAAGCAGUGGAAUCAGAGUGUAUUAUGUGAGUAAAAGAAUGGGAACAUUGCACAUUGUCAUUACCAAGUUAUAUGUCACCGCAUGCUAAAUCCUCAAUCGAGAGUCCUUUCUUCAGCACCUCUUCUCCCCUGCUAUUUUAAGGUAUUGGAGUGUCAGCAUGUAUGCCUCUGAGUGUGCAUGUCCCUGUGUGUUUGUAUCUGGAUGUGUGUACCUGUAUACGAGAAUGAUUAUCUGUGUGCGUGCAUGUAUGUGAGUACAAAUUUCACAGUUUUACAACACUAAAAUGAAAAAGGUUACAGAAUCCUAAAGAGACACUCUGUCAUGCAGGGGUGACUAAGUGGUGUAUAUUUCAUUAGCUAGAGAAAAGUAAACUGUCCAUUUCUUUUUCAAGGGGUAGAAGUUAGAGUGGAACGGUUUAUGAAGGACCUUGACAAUGGUGCUCUUCUUUGUCAACUAAUCCAUGUCGUCCAAAACACUAUGAAGCAGUGCUGCACAGCUGAAGAACUCAAGGUAUCAUUUGAAAUUUUAAAAAAUUGUUUGAUUUUUUUUUUUUUUUUUUUAAACAAAAAUGUUUCCUCUACAGAUAUACUUAAUAACACUUUUACCAAAAUCACAUAUAAUAUGUAUUUUUUAUGAUAUAUCAUUUUUUUUAAAGGGAACCUUUAGUUCUGAAAAUAAGUUAUUUCGGGACUAUACGUUCUUUUUCUGUCCACUCCCAUUUGCUGCAAAAAUUUAAGCUUAAAAAAAAAAAAUGACUCACUUUCUUUCCAGCGCCAGAAUUCCUGUGCUGCAGCUUCCUGCUCUGCCUCUGCUAUGUCAGCAUCCAAGUUGACAUCACCCGUGCUAUCCUCUAAUCCAUUGCUGGUUUAGAUGAAAUCAAUGAAUUGGAAAAUUGCAUGUGCGGCCAAAUGUCGCUCCUCUCCAAUCAAUUCGCCGCACUUCUAGAGGCUGUCAGGAAGACAGCAACGAGACCUCGAUUUAACUGUGCAAUGUAAAUGUUGUAAUUUCUAAAAUACGGCAAUGUAAAACAUUGCAGGGUUAAAACUAAAAGACCACUUCAUUGAGAUGAAGUGGUCUGGGUGACUAUAGUUUUCCUUUAAGCUAGAAUGUAUGCAUCUUUCGUGGGACUGUUUGCCUCCAUUAGCGCCAUAUAAUCCAUCAUAAAUAUUGGAUUUUUCUGCCGUUGAACAGGAAACAAGGAAAAGCUGAAGUAUUGUUUCUGUUCCUCACCUGAUUUGUUUUCUGUACUGAACUGGAAUAUGAUCAAUAUAUAGGUGAUUUUCAAUGUGUUCUUCUAUGAUGUAAUUUUCAGAGACGUAACAGUUUCACUUUAAUACAGCUUGUUUCUGUUAACUGUGACACCAUUUAUAAUGAAUUUGUUAUUCUUUGCUAAAGUUUAUUGUGAAUAUAAGGACUUUUGGGCAUAUUCCAGGCAUAACACAUAUUUAAUUUACACAAUUGAUAACAUUGCCAUUGCAGCGGUUUCUGAUGUACAUCUCUUCAGAUUUCUCCUGAACUUCCACGCUUACCCAUCUCUUCAAUAUCAUAUGGUAUUCAUAUGCUGUUUUCUAGUGUAUCACUGAUGGAGUAAGCAGUAAUCCAGCAUUGAGUUUGGUAAAGGGACACUUUAGACACCUAGACCAUUUCAGCUAAUUGAAGUGGUCUGGAUGCAAUGUCCCUCUUGCACUUAGUGGCGCAUCCUGGCAGAACCUGACCCUGCACCUGCAGUCCUAGGAAAACGGUUUGUUUUCCUGGCACUGGAGAGUCCCUUUAAUGCUUGACAUCCUCACACUCUUCAUGAGGACAUCCAGCGUUUAUUCAGUGCUUUCCUAAGGGGAGGUCUAAUGCCCGUGCAGCAUUAGCGCACGUUCAUUGUGAGGGGGUGGAGAUUCGACCCAGCGCCGAGGGACAUCGGCCUUGUGAUUAGUUAAGUAAAUAAAGGAUUUUAAACCCUUUAACGCGGAGGAGGGGUCGUGAUGGAGGCAGAGAGAGCGGAAGUGCUAGGAAUACAACUUUGUAUUCCUGGUAGUAUAGUAUCCCUUUGGUAAGGCUUUGGAAAGCUGUGCCAAGACCGGGUUACUUUGCUAACAGUUAUAUUUACCAAUUUGUUAGUGAAGGCAUCUUCAUGGAACAAUUUGUGGAGAUAACCUGUUUUAUGAUGAAAUGCAAUAUUCUUGAAACUGAACACCAUUUUGUUUGUUGGAUAUGUUUUAGUAUUUUAUCAUGUGUUUUGUUUUUUUUUUUGUUUGUUUUUUCAUACUUUACAAUAUAUAUACAAUUUCAAGUUUGGUAUCUAUCUUCUUUUCAUUACUGUUAUUUGUUGUAAUAUUUUUUUAAACCAAACCUGCUAUAGUGCAGCUUUUUGAACAGCCUUCACAAAUAUUUGUAAAUGUUAAAUAAUAAUAAAAGUGUGUUUGCAAGUUUAGUUUCCACUGCAUUACUAAUGUGUUUUCCACGGGCAUUGGGUUCAGACAAAUGAAUCUGGAUUACAAUAUUCACAUAUGCUGAGGGGUCCUUUUGAAGAUGUAUUAUUUGAUACUAGAUUCUGAGGGAACACUCUAAGCACCAUAACUACCACAGCCUAUGUACUGUCUCUGGUUAAGUAGCUAAACCAUUUUUUGGAUGAUUUGACAAGUUAUUGAGAUGCACUGGAUGCCCACGCUGCAUCUUGUCUUUUCUUAAAGGAGAAGCCAGAUGUCACUGCCUUUCCAGGAUUGUUCUCAACUAACUCUCCCAAUCAAUGAGAGCAGACCUGCAAGGCCAUGCUUAGCUGAGUAGAGCUAACUUGCAGGAGAAGACUAGGAGCAAGGCUCUGGCCAUGAGUGACUGGCUAGACCCAAGUAAAUUUUCAAUCUGUGCUAAAAUUGUUUUACUACAUAAAGGGACACUCCAGGCACCCAGACCACUUCUGCCCAUUGGAGUGGUCUGGGUGCCAACUCCCACUACCCUUAACCCUGCAAGUGUAAUUAUUGCAGUUUUUUUCAUAAACUGCAAUAUUUACCUUGCAGGAUUAACUCCUCCUCUAGUGGUUGUCUACUACACAGCCAUUAAAGGGCACUUCCGUGAUUAUAGCAUUUGAAAUAGCGUCGCUGGACGUCCUCAUGCUAUGUGAAGACCUCCAGCGUCGCUGAAAUCCCCAUAGGAAAGCAUUGAAAGCAUUUUUCAAUGCUUUCCUAUGGGGAUGUCUAAUGCGCAUGCACGGCAUUGCCACCAUACGCAUUAGGUUUCCCCCUGCCAGCGGCCGCGCAUGCACAUUAGGUCUCGCCCCGCCGGCGGCCGUACAUGUGCAUUAGGUCUCCCCCGCCGGAUGCCGUCCGCGGGGGAGGAGCGUGGGCGGACCCUGACCCUGCACCAGCAGUCCCAGGAAAACGGUUUGCUUUCCUGGCACUGGAGAGUCUCUUUAAUGUGGGAUUGCCCCAGUGCACUCCUGACACCAUCACCUCUACAGUGGACUAUAGUGGCUAUGGUACUUGGAAGGUUCCUUACAGGAUAACUGUUCGUUCUGGAGAGGUACGUUGGAAAGUAGUUUAAUUAGCCCACUGAUGAAAUAGAGCAGAAUAGAUAGUGAGUGGGUUAAAGUGUAUUUUUAUUGUCCUUUCUUAAAAUAAGGUUUUUUUUUUUUAUUUUAUUUUUUAUGUUAGGGUUUUCCAAUGAGAAGAGUUCCCUGCAGACAAGAUGCUCCUUCAGGUUCUUUCUUUGCCCGCGACAAUACUGCUAAUUUUCUUCGCUGGUGCAGGGGUAUUGGAGUGGAUGGUGCUUAUCUUUUCGAAUCCGAAGGUUUAGGUAACUGCACUCUUUAAUUCUACACUACACGUUUACCUUUCAGAUGAUAUAUGUUUGGGAACAAAAGGAAAUAAAAUACAGUUCAUUAAGGAAGCAGUGAGUCAAAUAGCUUAGAAUUGGGAAUGUUUAAUGUAUUCGAGGUUCCGUUUAUAUGAUCUUAUAAGGUAUAAAGUUUGGCUACAGACAGUCUGAAAUCCUAUAUUACUCCUCUUUAUGGUUGGUAUUUAUUGGACUUUGUUUUGUGUUUGGGAAUAAGAAACAUUUUUAGAAUAGUUUGUAGGUUGGCAUUUUUGUAAUUCUCUUGGAUUGCUAGCUAGAUUGUUUGCCUUGAUUUAAUGCGGUUUAUGGUGACCAAACGAAGGAUAGAUUAAAAAUAAACUUUAUAACAAAGGAUCCUUUUGAGCAAAGCUACUUUAAUUAAAAGAAAACAGUCUUAAUUUAGAUCUGCGUGACUGUUAAAUUACUACAGGGUACUUGGGAUUCUGUACUGAGCAUUUAUUUUCCAUGCAGGAAGGAGAACACAGCAAGCUAUAGAAAGUGCAUAGACUGGUCCCACUGUGUGAGGACCAGAUGAUAGUGUUUUGAGAUCAUGCCUGCAGGAGUCUGACUGAGCUUAUGACCAACAGCUGCCGUUUCCAUUUUUUCACAUAGAUGAAAUCUGACAGCUUGUUACCAGCGUAACUUCAUCUUUUCUUGCAAUUAAAAUUGAAUGCUCUGUUAAGCCUUUUCAGCUUGAAUAAAGAUAUUAUGUUUGUGUAUGGUCAUUCUUUAGUACAUGAAUACAGAGUGAGAGAGAGAUGUACAAUGUUGCUAUGAUAAACCAUAAAUAAAAUUAGAGCAACUGUAGUUCAGAGUCUGCACAAAUCUGCAAAAUGAUAAGAACCAAAAAGUUAACUUUAUUUUAAGCAGUGAUUGUCGUAGCCUGAUUGAUUGUAGAUGUCAUAGCCUAGGCAGAUAAAAAAAUGUCUCAAGUUUUUUUGGUUAUAUUUAUUCUUUUUUAUAUAAGUGUUCAUUCUAUGUACUUUACAAUAAGUGAUUUUUUUUUUUUUUUUUUAAAUGUAAAUUCUUUUUAGUUUUGCAUAAAGAUCCUCGCCAGGUGUGUCUUUGCCUCCUAGAUGUUGGACGGAUAGUAUCAAGGUUUGUACACUGAAGGCUUAUGGCCAGCCCUUAUGCUUCUAAUCUUCCUAUGCAACAGAAAUGACAUCCCCUUGUCUACCCAUUUCCCACUUAUAGAGGAAUUGUCACUGUGUGAGGGCUCUGCAUAAUUUAUCGCUGGUGGUUGGAUGGCUGGGUUGGGGGCGGAGAAGGAGGGAUAUGCGAGAGUACAGCAUUGAGGUCUGAACUUUGUCUCAGUGUAUCUUUUGACUGGGUUGGCAUUUCAUUGAUUUUAUCUUUAUGAAAUAUUAAUUUUGCAGUGCCAUGUUAAUUUAAAUUUAUUGUUAAAGGUUUUAGGCCAUAAGUUGUCAUCUCUACAUAUGGCCUAAUACAGUCAUUCUUUAAACAACACUUAUUUGAAAUUGUUUGUGUGUGACUGGUAAUGUCAAACGUGACUUUAAAUAAAUAAAAUGUAGCUGUGCAAUAUGUGAGGCUUUCUGUGUUUAGAGCCAUUGUGAAUGUAUGUGAGUGUCGGUGUGCACUGUCAAUGUGUAUCAGCGUUUCUUUGUACAAACUGUCAGUGGAUAUUUGUGUUCCUGUAUGUGCACAAUGUCAGUUUGUGUGUAUGUCAUUGUUCCUGUGUGCAAUGUCAGUAUGUAUAUAUGUUGAUAUUCUUUUAUGUGUAUGCAGUUAUACAGUGGCAAGAAAAAGUAUGUGAACCCUUUUGGAAUUAGUUAGUUUUCUGCAUGAAUUGGUCCUAAGACCUAAUCUUCAUCAAAGUCACCGGUAUAGACAAAUACAAUGUGCUUAAGCUCUGACCGUACACAAACCAUUAUAAUCUGUCAUGUCUUUUAUUGAAUGCAUCUCAUUAAACAUUCACAGUGCUGUGGGAAAAGUACAUGAUCCUCCUUUUGGCAGCAAUAACCACAAGCAAGCAUUUCCAUUGGCUGCGGAUUAGACCUGUACAACGUUCAGGAGGAAUUUUGGUCCGCUCUUCCUUACAGAACUGCUCAGCCAUAUUCUUAGGAUAUCUGGUCUGAACAGCUCUCUUGAGGUCAUUCCUCAGCAUCUCAAUGGGGUUAAGGUCUGGGCCACUCCAAAAGUCAGAUUAAAUUUUUUUUGAAGCCAUUAUUUAGUGGAUGUACUUUGAUGUUUGGGCUCAUUGUCCUGCUACAUCUCCCAACUUCUACUGAGCACACAGCCACCAUGAUAUUAUUCUGUAGGAUAUCUUGAUAAACUUAGAAAUGAAUACUUCCCUCAAUGAUGGCAAGUGGUCCAAGCCCCAAAGCAGCUGCAAAUUAUGAUGCUCAAUGCAUCUCUGAGGAGAUGCUGACAGGCACAGCAUGACAUUUUGCCGCACAUGCGCAAUAGCCUCCCAAUGCUUCCCUAUGGGAAAGCAUUGCAUUGGCUGAGAUCAAUAUCAUUAAUGAUCUCAGCCACGGAGGUGGGACCAGCUACUGGGAGACCGGCACUGCAUGGGAGAAAAGGGGAGUAACUCACCUUUUCCUGGAGUUUGGAAAUGGGCCAGUCACCUAAACAGCCACUUUAGGACUAUAGUGUCAAGAAUAGUGUUCCUGUAAUGGCUAGCUAUGCAUCACAGUAACUAGUUCAGAAACCUCUUCAUCUGCACCUACCAUAUGUCUGUAACGUGCAAUAUCGAUGAUGCCCAAGCAGGCUUAAAGGAACAUUUAUAGGGUCAGGAACACAAACCUGUAUUCCUGACCCUAUAGUGUUAAAAACACUAUCAAGCUCCCACCCCAUUGCCCACCUAAAUAUAAUAAAACCUUACCUUUAUUCCAGUAUGCUGGUGCUGGCUCUGCCACCUUGGCUGACAUCAUCAGAAGGUGAUAAGAAAGUAAUAGAUUGGCUGAGAUUGUCAAUUCUGAUGAUCUCAGCCAAGGAGCCGGUCCGGGGACGGAGUCGAACGCUACCCUGUUAAAUUAUCAACUCCUCAUAGAUACUAAUUGGCCUCUGAGGAAAGUUUAGUGUCUCCAUGCAGAGGAGUGGCCUCUGGAGGUGUCCCUAGGCUGUAAAAGACCAUGUUUACUGCAAAAAGCCUUAAAGGACCACUAUAGGCACCCAGACCACUUCAGCUUAAUGAGAAACUGCUAUGUUUAUAUUAGGGUUAAUCCAGCCUCUAGUGGCUGUCUCAUUGACAGCCGCUUGAGGGCUUCCGUGCUUUUCACUGUGAUUUUCACAGUUAGAAGACGCCAGCGUCCAUAGGAAAGCAUUAUGGCUCUUGCGCAUUCAGCCGGUGACGGAAGAGGGAGGAGAGGAGGAGGAGAGCUCCCCUCCCGGGGAUGGAGAAAGAGGUAAGUUUAACACCUUCCUCCCCCCAGAGCUCGGCGGGAGGGGGACCCUGAGGGUGGGGGCACCCUCAGGGCCACUAUAGUGCCAGGAAAAUGAGUAUGUUUGUUUUCCUGGCACUAUAGUGGUCCUUUAAGGGAAUUACUAUACUCACCAGAACGAAUACAAUAAGCUGAAGUUUUUCUGGUUACUAUAGCAUCCCUUUUAAGAUUGGCUGAACACUAUGAGAAUUGUGACCUUCAUUUUCAAAUAAUUAUUUUAGGUAUCCUAUUAGCCCCCUUUUGGUUUCUCAUUCUAACCAUAUUCGAUGUCACUCUUUCCCUAUCCUUCUAUGAGUUAAAUUGUCCCUCUCUAUGCUAAACCAACCAAGUUGAUGUCCCUCCUCUCAUUAUUUGUAUUUCCCCCCCCACUAACACCCCUAUUGAAUGUCCCUUUUUUUUCUAACAUCCUUUAAGAUAUCCCUCUCUCCUUAACCCCUUCCCCCCACCCCCGCUCCAUUGAUUUCCCUCUCUAUCCACCUAGUAGGGGGAUAGAGAGUUUACACCGUGUUUUAAAGGUACCCAAAAAAAUGUAGCUUACUCUUAUGUAACUGUUUUAGGUUUUAGUAACUUUUUAUAAAAAAUGUGAACUAAAUUGGCUUUUGGAGGCACUUGAUGUUAUUUUCACUAAAUAUGAGCAGGUUCAAAAUCUAUUGAUCUUGUUAAAUUACUGCUCACAUGAAAUAACCUGAUACACGUGCACAAAAUCAUGCUAGUAAAUAGUUAUUCGCCCAGUAAAUUAAACUCAAUAAUUGUUUUUUUUUUUUUUUUUUUUUUCCUCCCCAGAUAUGGAGUUGAGCCUCCAGUCCUGGUUAAACUGGAAAAGGAGAUUGAACUAGAAGAAACCCUGUUAAUGGAAUCUGGACCUUUAGCCUCCAAAGAAAUCCAGAAAUCCUGCUGUCACCAUGAGCUACAUGAGGCUGUGAGCUACUGUUUAUUUUCUUUCUAAUCACUGCCAAGUAACACUAUCAUGGGACUUCUGUGUCUCAUUUCCCUUGGUCUUACCAUAGCCACUCCUAGUAGAACAGAGUGUAUUCCAUGCAGUGUCUUAUAAAACCAUCUAAAUGCAUACGGUUUGCAUAUUCUAAAUAGCUGAUGAUGGAAAGUGUUUUUCAAUAAACAAUUUUUAUAUUUGUAUGUUUCAUUACCUUUCCCUAUUAAAAGGGACACUCCAGGCACCCAGACCACUUCUGCGCAUUGGAGUGGUCUGGGUGCCAACUCCCACUACCCUUAAUCCUGCAAGUGUAAUUAUUGCAGUUUUCAUAAACUGCAAUAUUUACCUUGCAGGGUUAACUCCUCCUCCUAGUGACUAGAGGGCACUUCCGUGUUUAUAGCACAUGAAAAGUGUGCUAUAGCGUCGCUGGUCGUCCUCACACUAUGACCUCCAGCAUCGCUAAAAUCCCAAUAGGAAAGCAUCUUCAAUGCUUUCCUAUGGGGAGGUCUAAUGUGCGUGCGUGGCAUUGCCACCGGUGGCCGCGCAUGCUCAAUAGGUCUCCCCCGUCGGAGGGGGAGGAGCGUGGGCAGACCCUGAACCAGCGCCGAGGGACAUCGACGCUGGAUACAGGUAAGUCACUGAAGGGGUUUUAACCCCUUGAGCAACUUGGGGUGGGAGGAGAGGGGACCUGCAGUUCCAGGAAAACUGUUUGUUUUCCUGGCACUGGAGAGUCCCUUUAAAGAAUAAAUUCUUCACCUAUAAUAUACCCAUAGCAAAUGACAAAUUGAAGUACCUGGGAGUACAACUUCCCAGCGACCCAACCAAAAUUUACCAACUAAACUAUAGCCCUCUCAUACGAACACUAAUACAAGACAUGGAAAAGUGGCAGGACAAACCCAUUUCCUGGAUAGGGCGCAUACACACAGUUAAAAUGAAUAUCCUGCCCCGAAUACUGUUCCUUUUUCAGGCACUACCCAUAAAAAUACUGAAAUCCGACUUAGCUCAUUUACAAAAAGCAAUAGGCGACUUCAUCUGGCAAAACCGGCGGCAUAGGAUCUCCAGAAACAUUUUGUACAGACAGAAACAGAGGGGAGGACUGGGGUUGCCACACCUAUACUAUUAUUACUUAGCGGCGCAACUCGCCCAAGUGGCAAUGUGGCACGCACCUCUAGAAGUGAGGAGAUGGGUAGACCUCGAGUCUUUACUGACAGGAGCAGACCUCCCACAAUAUCAUAUGUGGGUCCCCAAGGAAGACAGACCAAUUCUAAGGACCACAUGCCCAGCCAUACUAAACUCAUUGAGGAUAUGGGAUGCCAUGGCCUUUAAGUAUAAUCUGGCUUCCUCCCCAUCUCCCCUAACACCCCUUCUGAGAAACCGAGCCUUUGCCCCGGGCAUGGCAGCGAGAGAUUUUAAAAACCUAGAAACAGCAGGCCUACAGAGAAUCUGCCAUAUGUUUGAACACGGCCAGCUUGUCACCUUCGACCACCUAAAACAGGCGACCCAUCUCAUCCCCACAGAUUUCUUUCGGUAUCUCCAGUUAAGGGACUAUGUACAACACCCACAAGUACAAAGGGCCGCUAAAGAGCAGCUGACUUUCUUUGAGAAGAUGUGCCUCACUGAAACGGCUCAGAAGGGCUUGAUAACCAAGUUAUACUCACACAUAUGCUCAGAAACGAGGGAAUGGGGCAGCCUGGCCUAUGCAGACGCGUGGGAAAAAGAUCUGGGUGAGGUCCUGGAGGGAGUAGAGUGGAGAGAAAUAUGGGAAGCGAACAACUCUGUCUCCAUAUGCGUCUCCCUUCAGGAGCAGUCUUAUAAGACAAUGUUCAGGUGGUACACCACACCGGCCAAAUUGCACCGCAUGAAACAAAUACCGACCGACAACUGUUGGAGGGGUUGUGGCCUUAGCGACACUUAUAUCCAUAUGUGGUGGGAAUGCCCCCAUGUGCAAAUUUUCUGGACAAAGAUACACAAAUUAAUCAAUAGAAUUUUCCAUAAAGCCCCCAAAUUAGACCCAUGGACAUAUCUGCUUAACAGAUCUUUAGACGACUGGACAAAGAGGGAACAGAAACUGAUUCACAAGAUUACACUAGCCGCAAGGAGAGCCGUAGCGCAGACAUGGUUACAGACGGAAAUGCCACCCAUUCAGAGGGUAAUUUCUAACAUAAAAGAGGUGCACCUCAUGGAUAAACUGACAGCCCGACUAAGGGGAUCAAUGACUAGCUUUGACAAACUGUGGGGCCCAUGGCAGAGUAGCGACCUCUCUGACGACACAACACACACCUGACCCUCCUACGGCUAGAGUUGGUAACAGACGGGGAGCCUAAACACGAUAGACAUAAUCGGAAGUGUUCCAAACCAUGGUGACCUGACGUAUACCCGUACCCUACCCCUCCCCAUCCCCUCCUCCUUAGCCCUUGACUCCCCCCCCCUACCCCCCCUUAUUCUUUUCUUUCUUCUCUCUUGCCUUUCACCCUCUUUUCACUCACAAUAUCACGGGGGAGCCUGAGGACCGAACCCUACUCCCUAGCGAACGAGUCUUCCCCUGGCAGGUCCAGGGUCCCACCUUGAGGUUCGUGAGCCAGUGCUUCCCCCCCGAUAAAAACCACUACCUUAACAAACUAUGCGCUAACCUACACGGUAGGUCAUAUAUCAACUAACGUCAGAGUCAGACAUAGGACAUGCUACCCACUGGGAACUAAUAUCACUGAUGCGAAUGGGAUCCGCCCUAUUAUGCCAGGACACAGAGUAACGGGGUCACCCAAAGAAUAAUAAAUCCCGCAAAGCUACACUACUAUACACCCCUGCUGAGUUACAUGGCAAUGCAACACUCUGGAAACGAAGUUCACACAGUUCCUAUGUCACCUUUAGUACAAAAAAAAAAAAAAAACCCUUGACGCGUAGCUGGAAACGUAUUACUCACGCACAUGUCGUAAUUAUCACGAUUGUUUUUCUCUUUCUUAUAUGUAUCACUGUGGUUAUCUGUUAUAUGUUUUAAUGGGCUUUUGCACAAGCCACACUGAAAAUUUCAUAGUGCUACCCUUGUCAAGAUGAAAAAAAAAAAAAAAAGAAUAAAUUCUUAUAAUGUGUACAAAUAUAUUGAUCCUUAAUUUUGUUUCUAUAUUUUUCUCAUUUACCAGUUUAAUUUCCUUUCAAUUUGCAGGUGAAGCACAUAGCUGAAGAUCUUCCUUGUAACUGCUCCCACCGAUUCUCUAUUGAGUAUUUAUCUGAAGGACGAUAUCGUUUGGGCGAUAAAAUUCUUUUUAUAAGGGUAUGUGAACUGUUACUGUAUCAUUCACUUUAACAAGAACCGAUUCUCGUAAAGGGUUUCUCCAACCAUCAUAACCACUACAGCCCUCUACAUGGGUUAUGAUGGUAGGAGUACAUUGGUGUAAUUUCCCCAUUAAUGGGGAAAACCAUUUUACAGCAGUAUGCCCGCUUGCCUGUUCCGGCUGGGUGUCUGGUCUGCUCUGUAAGCAGGUUUGCAACAUUUGUCUUCAGCAGAAGCUGGAUGUCAAUCCUGUCCCUCAUUUAUUGGCUGACCACUCUCAGCCAGUGAAUGAGUGCCUGGGCAUCAAUAUUUGCACAGUGCUGAAGUUGGCCAUACUGGCUUGGUUGAUGAACCCACAUGACCCUAACAGAGGUGGAGGUGCACCUCUGGCAGCAAAGAGCUUAAACCCUUAUGCAUAGUGUUUCACAGCAAAGCUCUGCACAUACACACUUCAGGAACCAUGACCACUUCAAAUCACGGAAGUGGUCAUGGUGGUUGGAGUAACCUUUUAAAUUAUUCACAGCAGGAAGACGUAACUUUGGAGAUGGAUUUUGUAUCCAUGUGUGUCUUUCUGUUUAGUAAAAGUAUCCCAAAUAUCUAAUUUGGAGUGGUACUAGAAGAUGGUGGCAUUUAGAUUAAAAUUGAGAAUCCAUUCUUAAAACCAAAACCAUAACUUUUGGCCUCUUUCUUUAUGAAAAUAAACAAGAACACCUUGAAACUAACAAAUAUACAUUAAAGAUGCAUUUAGUUCAGUGUUGUUGUUAUGGCCUUGAUUUAAUAUUUUUGGACACGCUUUUAAAAUGUAACUUAAAAAUGAACAAAAUAUAUUUUUCAAAUAUUAUAAAUAAUUUUUUUGUUUUUUUUCCCCCUCAAAAUAUUAAAGCAUUUUAAAAGUUUAUCCAACAAUAUUAAAUUGAGGCUUAUGUUGGUAUUUUAAAUCAAUGUUCACAUGUAAAAAUCACAUAAAUUAUGUGGCAUUAGGGGUAAAGCCAUACAAAUUCCCAAAACUCAUUGUGGAUUAAAGGUAGAUGGUAAGCACCUGAUACGUGCAUUGACUGGUUUCUUAGUGAGUUAUCUCUGAUACUGUUUGCUCCAUAGUUUCCAAAGCUAUGUAGCCUCAACACGGUUCAAAAGCCUUCCGCUGCUAGCCAGACCUUUUUGUUGGUCGCCACAUCAAGCUUGGAGGGCCCAUGGCACAUUCACCAGGAGCAGAAUUUCUGCUAGCCAAUGGCUAGAGGGCAAGUGGAUGUUCGCUCUGGAUAUCACUAUAUUGGUAGUGGUAAAUAUACCUUAAUUUCAUUUUGCCAUCAGGCGAUAGCAAUCUUAAAGGACCACUAUAGUGCCAGGAAAACAUACUCUUUUUCCUGGCACUAUGGCGCCCUGAGGGUGACCCCACCCUCGGGGUCCCCCUCCCGCCCGGCUCUGGGGAGAGGAAAGGGGUUAAACUUACCUUUUUUCCAGCGCCGGGCGGGGAGCUCUCCUCCUCCUCCUCUCCGCCUCAGAUCCUCCCAUUCGGCUGAAUGCGCACGCGCGGCAAGAGCUGCGCGCGCAUUCAGCCGGUCUCAUAGCAAAGCAUUCAUAAUGCUUUCUUAUGGACGCUUGCGUGCUCUCACUGUGGUUUUUCUCAGUGAGAAGCACGCAAACGCCUCUAGUGGCUGUCAAUGAGACAGCCACUAGAGGCUUUUGAGGCUGGAUUAACCCAUUUAUAAACAUAACAGUUUCUCUGAAACUAUGUUUAUAAAAAAAUUUAAAAAAGGGGUUAAUGCUAGAGGGACCUGGCACCUAGACCACUUCAUUAAGCUGAAGUGGUCUGGGUGCCUAGCGUGGUCCUUUAAUUGUAAAUUAUUUUUUUUAUUUUGUUGAUAUUCUAAUAAUGUAUAUUUCCAUGAUUGAAAUAUGUCAAAGAUCCAUCUCAAAUUACGUUAUUUUCUGAAGUAUUUUAGGAGUUGCAGAACACUCCUUGGAAGAAUUCCCUCACGUUCUUUCUCAGGGACUGCCUGACCAGAUGUCCCCCAGCUUUCUUUAAAAUGCAGUUCUACUGGGAAAUUUGAUCCCGUGUAGCAACUUCUGCUAAAUCCCUUUUCUCUCGUAUUGGCAUUAUUUGUUGCAGAGACCUGUAAGGCAUAGACUGUGUCUGAACAUUUCCCAGACAAAACUAAUUCCACUACAAUUCAAAGCUAGUAGCUUGUGAUAAGCUGUUCUCCUCCGAUUGCAGGAUCACAGUAAUAUAUUUGAUUCUUUGUGGACAUGUCGUUUUCAAUCACUAUAUUCAUUCUAUAUUAAAUGGACAUCCAAACUAUUUUCAGAUAUCCCGACUUAUGCAAAUUUAACGAUGAGCACUGAGUCACUCAUAUAAGCAUUUAUAAUAAUUUGUUGAUGACAACAUUGGCCAGUCACUGGCAUAUUGUGGUAAAACAAGCCUUUUACUACAGUUCGUGUUAGAACCUUCUGAUGAUAAUUGCUGGUUGCAUUAAUAAUGUUUUGAUGUGUUAUUAAAAUAAAAUUGCCUAGUCACUUAAGGGUUUUGUCUUACAUUUUGAAAUACAUCAGACACAUCUGUGCCAGCUCUAGUGUGAAUCAAAAUGUAACUCUUUAUUAGCAGCAAAGGGUCAAAAAAAAAUUUCUGUAACAGAAAUACAAACUAACUGGAAAUAAUGUGAUUUUAAGGUUGACCAAUCCAAAUCUCUCACUGUCUUGGUUAGAGGGCAAAAUAUGCUACCUUGAAUUAAUGAGUGUCAAAAGCUGAAGUAUGAAAGGUAAUGGUUUUAAUUUAAAACUACAAACAUAAGGAUAUUUUGUAAUCUUCUGCUGGUAGCUACUUGUGCUGUCAAAGGGCCUGCGUGUAUUUGUUCCCAUGAGUAAAAUUCUGAGUGUGAGUUCACUCAUAACAUAAGUAACCAGGACAAUUACAGCUAAUUGUAUUUGUUCUGGUGAGUAUAGCCGGUCUCUGCAUGCUUUUUGCAGUAAACACUAUCUUUUCAGAGAAAAGGCAGUGUUUACAUUACAGCGUCGAGGCACCUUCAGAGAUCCAAUGCUCAGAUGGCUAAUAGAGGUGCUUCCUGCUGCUGGGCACUGACCUUCAGUUUCUCCACCCUCUGCAUGGAGACUCUAAACUUUCCUCUUAGAGAUGCAAUGAUGGUAUCUAUCUCUAUGAGGAGAUGCUGAUUGGCCAGGGCUGCAUUUGGCUCUGGCCCCUAGCCUGCCUCCUUGGCUGAGAUAAUCAGAAUUGACAAUCUCAGCCAAUCCAAAGCUUUCCUCUGGAAAUAGUCACUUCUGAUAUCAGCCAACAAGACAGAUCAGCUUCAGAGCCAGCACAUGCAGACUGGAAUAAAGGUAAGGUUUUCAUUUAUUUUAGAGGGCAAGGAGGGCAGGAAGGGCUAGAUAGUGUUUUUAACACUAUAGGAUCAGGAAUACAUGUUUGUGUUCCUGACCCUAUAGUGUUCCUUUCAUGGAGUGUUCCGAUACAUCCCUAAAGCAUUAAAGAGAGAUGUAGUUAGAGCAUCUGGAAGUACUGCAGAGGUAAAUGAGGCAUAGGUAUCUCCAAAGCACUUACAUUGUUUCAGUUUACUGGGACAAGGAAAGAGCAGUUAUGCUGAAUAAGAAAAUGUAACUUUUCUAAAUGUAAUAAGAUCAUAUGUGUAGAAUAGCAAUGGUUAGAGUAGUGGUUGUGAAGAAUUGAGAUGUAAGGCUUUGUUAAUUUAAUUUGGCAAUUAUACAAUUCUUUUGGAUUCUAUACACAAAAUGACAUACUUUUAUCUUUCUCAAGUUUGUAAACCAUGCAUCACACAUAAAUAAAGAGUAUGAGUUGCUCACCAAGCAUUAUGACUGAGAUGAUCAGCAAUAACUAGACAAAACAAGGUCCGAAAUGUAAACACGUGUAUUCAGUGAUGUGAUGUGUUCUUUGCCAAUCUUUUUAUUUUUAUUUAUUUUAGAUGCUACAUGGAAAACAUGUUAUGGUUCGAGUUGGCGGAGGAUGGGACACACUUCAAGGAUUUCUGUUGAAAUUUGAUCCAUGUCGCGUUUUACAAUUUACAACAUUGGAGCAAAAAAUACUACAGUUCCAGAAAGGUAUCCAAAAUGAAAAUGUGUCAGCCAAAUCUGGCAGAACUCCUCAGCCACCCGCGAUGAACCCAAUGUCUGCAAUUAUUACAAACCAAAAGCCCAACUCUAGAGCUGCUACCCCACUUCUGCUUUCAAACUCCAAUAUCAGAGGUAAGCAGUCACCGGCUCUGACACCUCACCGAGGAGUGAAGCAAACUCCAACAGCAGAAACAUAUCCUGAUGGCCAGGUGACACCAAGAAAAGGAUCUCCAUUGUUUGUUGAACCUAAAAGAAAGGUUGCAAAAAAAUCAAAUUCUCCUCCGCUAACUGCUAAUUCCUCACUUGAAAGCAAAAGUUCACAAAACAAUUUCUCGGACAAAAAAUCUCCCAUGUCCAGCCGAUCAAGGGCUGUGGUUCCUGUUUCUGUAGAUAAAAGCAGUGCUUCAUCUCGUCCAUAUAAAGCUAUGCAAAAGACUGCAACCUCACAAUAUUCUCCUACAAACCUGUUACAACAAACAAAACCAAUCCUACAACUGCAGUCACCAAAACUAGCCCCUGCUUCGUUGUCUCAUCUCAAAGCACAAUCAAAACAUACAUCUGGUUCUCCACUACAAUCAACGGACACUCGUAAGAUGACAAGUACAACUCCUCCCAAAGCAGGAUCUUCUAAUUCCAGAACCGAUCCCAAACUAGCAUUAAAACAAACCUCUCCAUCGGUCUCCCAGUCAUCAAAAGAACUGAAGGUAAAUAAGAAGACUGAAGUACCAAAAAAGAACUUAACGGAUAGGAAGCCGUUUGUAGUGUCCUCUCGUGUUGCUACAACAAGACCACUUUUCCCAUACACCUCGCAACCUGCUCAACAUCGCCCUGCCACCCAAUCAAAGACAUUAUCUAAAAACAUUCCAAAUGGCAAAAAUGAUAUGAAAAAGACUGUGAAAGAGACGCCAAAUCAUUCUGGCCGCACUCCCUUGUCAGUGGUGAAACUUCCACAACCUCCAAUUAAAACACUAGUUUCACAAAGGACAAAGCCGACUCCAAGGUCACAGCCUUUAUCGGACAGUUCAGUAAAAAGUGACAAAGUGCAGAGUACAUCGGCCUCUAAAACUUUGAGUUCAAAGGCCAAACCAGUAUCGCGUAAAGGGGUCCCCGAUUCCACAAAAGAUAAAUUAACUAAAGCCAAAAAGGAAGAUAGGUUUAUUGUUUCAAAAGGUAGUGGGAAGUAGAUGCAACAUACACUAUCACCAUUCUACGUGGUGACCACAUUGAACACUAUCUCUAUACUUUGUCCAUGGGGGCCAUAUCACAUCUGCUUGUUACUGUUAAUAGGGGUGUGCAUGUGAGCCUUCAUGACUCAUGACUACAAUUCCCUACAUGCCAGUGGAUUGUUGGUGCCUGAGGUGUGUGCUAUCAUAUUGAUAAUUAUGCCAGAAUACCUUAAUAUAUUUAAGAAAACUUGAUUGACUCUUCAGGCCAAAGCUUUUUAUUGAAAGUUUUUAGAUACCCUACUAAUCAAGUUCUAACAAGGGACUACAAUAAUCUCUCAAGUGAAAACAAGCUAAAAUCGUUUUAAAUCUUCCAUUCGUCGCCUUUUUAAUACUGCAGCAUUCAGUACUGACCGUGUGUUUUAUUUUGAGCACACCGGCUCUUUAAGUGGCAAGAUAGCAACAUUUUUAUUUUAUUACUUAACAUAAUCCCAGGCUUAUGAGUCUGAUAGGGUCUGUAGAUCCAUCUUGCAAUCAAUUUGUUUGUUCUUUAUAAAAGUGCAGUAGUUUUACAUUUGUUUUUUGUUAUGUGCCAUUAAAUUGGAAGUGCCUGGUACUUAACUAACACUAUUUUAAUUUACUAUUUUCUGAACUUUAGGAGGUUUGGGAAUUUAUUUCCUGGAUUUUUCAGGAUUCAACUAGCAAAUUGAGAAGGCUGUGGGGUUUGUGUGUGUGUUUUUUUUUUUUUUUGUUUUUUUUCAUGUUUAGAUUCAUGCUUGGAACUAAAAGGGGAAUGUGACAAAAUGACUAUAAACGUUGGUUUACUGUAUUUUCUGUGUUUUUUGAUUUUCCUUUUAUUUUUCCCCUCAGGGCAACUGUUAUGAAGUUAGGGUCAUUUUUAAACGGUGUAAGUCAUUAAGAAUACAAACGGUUUCAUGCGUAUACCUAUUGUAAGGCCAUGCUUAGAAUUUUAAAUAUAACAUAAAUAAUUAAAAUCUGCUUUAUUUACUUAACGUUUUAAUAAAAUAGAUGUUUCUAAUGUAGAAGGAUAGACAAUUCUAACACUUUAAUAAGGACCAUAUUUUUUAGGAAGUUGUAUCUAUAAAGCUGUGUAGGUUGACCUGCGGCCUAGCAGCUGCUUGAACUUAAUUUCCCAUGAUGCUCAGCUCAUCCAGGAUCUUGGAAAACCCUGGUCUAUAACAGCUGCAGUGCCAAAGGCUAGCCAUUAUUGUACACAAACUGUACAAACACCCAUGUACAGUGCUGGUAUAGUAUAUUAAGAGAACCUAUAGGACACCCGUGGGAAACAAACAUGGUAAACAUGGACAUGUUCUUUUUAUUGUCGUCAUUUUCCAGUUAAGUAGGAUUUUUAUUGUAUUUAUGCAGCUGACUAAUAAUGAACCGCUAUUCUACACAUAUAUUGCAAAAUCAGUGGCUAUUUACUGCAUUGGGUUUCCCAUUUGUAAAUGCAAUAAGCGAGGCCUUUUAGUUCAACAUUUUGGAUAUCAGGGAAUUGUGCAAUAAAUGGGAAAUCUAUUAGUUAUUGGCAAAUGUUUAAGUUUUUAUUUUUAAGACUACAGCUGUAUGUUUAUUAACCGCUAUAUGGCUAAUAAAACCCUGCCUUAUUACUUAUACACUACACAUGGCCUUCUGUUUCCAAUGGAAACUACUGGCAAACCCUUAUAGCGUCAGAUAAUGUACACCGCAAGCACGUACCUUAGGUUAGUGGACUUUUUCUUAGGGGAAAGAGAUGCAAGGGCUAUGUCAACCUUCCUCAAUAUUUUACUGGAAUAAAAGACCCAUCGUUCCCUGUCAUGAGAUUGCUAACAUAUUCAUGUGAUUGGUAAGAUAGGUGGCCAAAGGUAGAAUUACAGUGAGUGUAUGAUUAUUUUUGCUGCAAGAAUAAGAAUCUGCAAGUUUAAGGGAUAUGCUGCGUAAUGGUAAGCUAGGUUUUCCCAUUGGUUUUAAACCCUUGCCACUUUGUGUGAUCACGUGUCCGUGUCCAAUCACUUCAACAUGCUAAACUUGGCAUUUGCGAAACUUCAAAACAAAGUGAAUGAGAUACAGAUGUCAAAAUUACACGGUGACUCAGUUCAAGUGUUGCAAUAGCAUAUUUUUGCCUUAUUUCAGAAACACUCAUAUUAUUGUAGGCUGGUUUGACAGUUCUGCAUCAGUUCUCCUUAUCCUGUGACUUAUAGUUUCCAUAUGUCAGAGCAAAGUAAUGUGUUUCCCAUAGAUAUAAGUGGAGUCAUAAUGGAAAACUGUUGGUGUCUUAGCAUAGUCUUGUAUUUAGUAGCCCUAUAGUGUAUAUGAUGGUGUUUAUGUUGUUCGGUGCUGGUUAAAUAUCCUGCAGUGUAAUCUGCUGUGUUUCCUGAGUAUUCUACAGAGAGCAGUUGUCCUGCCAGUUUGGAAUAGCAGCCUGACACGGUGUCAGAGGUUGCAUUUUCUUUAGUUUGCAUUCUUUUUUUGUUAGAAAUGUGUUUUCUUAUUAUUAAAUAGGAUAGUGGUUUAAUGUCUAUACAGACAUGUCAUUUGCACACUAACACAAUGGGAUUUAUUCCCAAAAAGCUAAUUGUGGAGUACAAACUGCAAAAUUUUAAACUAAAUGAGUUGAGGAAUUAUUACAGCUCUAACAUGGUCUCCAAGCCGUAGGCAAAUUUUUUAAUGAAUUUUGCGCAGUUCUCUGUUUAGUGAAUUGGCACUACUUCUAGAUCUGAAUCUUUAUGUUGUGGGUAGCAAACCCUGGCUGGCUCCAUACGCAAUCAUUUUAAGACGUAUGCUUUUAGAACACACUUAUUUUAUGACGUCUAAUCCGUCUGUCUGCAUAAACUGUGCAUUUAAGGAAGCCAAACAUACUUUAGUUCACCGUAUUCUCUUCAGGUUGGUAAAAUAACUGAUGCUAUUUAAUAUAGGUGUGUUGUGUAUGAUCCAAAGUCCAACAUGGGUCUCUAUUUUAAUCUUUUUAGAUUAGAUUCUCAAAUGGUCACAAUCUGGUCGAAAGACAUUUUCUAAAUAAUUUGUCUACAGAAGUCAUCAUUAAUGUCUAUGGGAAUUGUUGUAGGUAAAAAAUGACCAUUUGAAAAGAAUUAUACAGAGGCCAUACUUAUACGAUGUUUGCUGCUAUUGAAUCUCAAAUAAUAUUCUGUACCCAAGAGUGCCUAAUGUGCCUUGAAUAAUGGGGUUUCCAUUUUAUUAUACGAUUUACUAAGAAUAUCUAAAACUGUUAGAAAACAGGAAAUAAUUGAAUUCAUUUAAGCAGAUGUCUGAAUAUAACCUGCACUGUUUCUGUAACGUUUUAUUCGCUGAACUUCAUACUGUAUUGAAUUGUUAUCUGUGACAAAAAGACAAAAUUCAGGCUAGAACUGCUAACCUGGAAAUAAAGUAUUCAACUCUGCUGAAGUCACAGUUGACCAUUUUUGCUUGUAUUUUACCAUCCAGAUAUUGAUUUGCUUCAAAAAAUUUAAUGAAUAUCCACAUAACAAUUACCUAACUCAGGGGUUCUCAACGUUAGUCCUCAGGACCCCCUACCAGUCCAGGAUUUAGGGAUUACCUGGGUGUGUCUAAGGUGUUUUUUUUUUCCCCUUUUUCUAAACACCUGAGACACACCCAGGUAAUCCCCAAAUCCUGGACUGGUAUGGGGUCCUGAGGACUGGGUUGAGAACCCCUGACCUAACUGUUGUUAACUGUGUCAAUUACCAACAAUUCAAAGUGAAAUUCAAACUUGGGGCAAAAAUAGGUUAACUGGAAAAAAAAAUUACAAAUCAGCUUUUCAUUUCUGCUUUUUUGUGCUUUAAUUUAAAAAAUUUCAGUUAAUAACCCUGUAUGUAUAUAAUGCCUCCAUUAAACUCCCUUCUGUCUCUUGUAACGCAAAGAGGAAGUAGAUCAUGUGAAUGUUCAGCAGGCCAAUGGCAAAUAAUUCAAUAUAAACACCCCCUUAAAGUUAUUUUAUUCUCAUACCAGCUUUUUUUUUUUUUUUUCAAGUUUGUUUGCACACAUAUUUUUAUAUAUAUAUAUAUAUAUAUAUUUGUGUUAAUUUUCCUUUAAAUGUCGCACUUUUUAGAAAAUUUCCUUUAACGGUGCCAAGUACUUUGCAAUUUGAGUUGAGAUGUGAUCUUACAAACCUAGAUACUGCAUAUCUGUAAUCUCAGUGGGUAGGAUUCAUGAUAAAUAAAGCAGUUUAUCUUUUCCACCACUGAGAACAUUUUCAGACCAAAUCUUAUUUUUUUUUUAUUUUCAUGAUCAGCUAAAAGAAAAUCUGUAUUUUUAGAGAGAUUGUGAUUACAAAUUGUCAUAUCUUAACUUAAGUAGUAAAAGGAACCCUGUGGCACCAUAACCACUUCAUCAGAAUGAAGUGGUUAUGGUACUAAGUGGUACCAGACACCAAUUUACCGAAAAAGAGGUUAAACUAUUAAUGAGCAGUUUUUAACCCCAAAGUAUUCAAUCUGGUGCCUGUCUCUUCUACCCCUGAACUUCCAACAUCUGAUGCGUUCCAUCAGCUGACGCGCUCGGUAGCUUCCCAUUCACAAAACUGAGUUAAAGUUACAUAUCUGUUUUGUGAACAGGGAGCUACUGAAGUUCAAGGGCAGAGCUUAUGGGCGCCAGAUUGAAGACUUUGGAUUUAAAUUGUUCAUUAAUGGUUUAACCCCUUGAAAAAAAAAAGCAGAUGCCUGGGACCCCUUGCACCAUAACAACGUAAUUCCAAUUAAGGGGUUUUUUUUGUUUGUUUUUUAUGGUGUCCAGAGUGUCCCUUGAAGUCUGUUAUAUAGCCAUCAAUUUUAUGUUUUUAUUGUACUCCGUAUCAUCUAAUAUUUUGUUUGUCUAUAUAUUUUCAUAACAUUGCUCUGCAAAUCAUUCUGUUGUUUUGUAUAAGUAUUUAUUUACCCUGGUUGCAGAACGUAAUGUACUGACUCAACAAAGCCAAAGAACCAAGUGCUGCAGUUCUCUAGCAAACUGGCAGAGAGUUAUGGGAGUUUUAAUCGAACACUAAAUGGGGGAUUGCACUUGUAUACACAGGAUCUAAUAACAUGACAAUUUUGUUAUUGUUAAGAUGUAACUCAAAAGUAAUUAUAGUAAUUUUUAAUCAACCCCUUGCAUUUAUAAGGCUGACAAAUGACUUGCACUUACAUUAGAAUGUUUGAAUAAAUACUUCCUCAUUAUUUCAUUUUUAAUCACAAUUACCAUAACUUGUAUCCAAUACGGUUUUGUAUACAUUUUAUGACUUACUGUUUGCAGUGGAUUGUGUUAAAUGUAAGAAGAACUGUAUAGAUGCUGCAUAUUCUAGUUUAAAACACUGUUUUCCAAAUAUAUGUAUUUGUUCAUUUUCCUUUCUUUCACCUUUGUCUGUUUUAAAUGUCUACAAUACUAUGCAUUCACUACUUAUUUUAAAAGUUUUUGUUUUGUUUUGUUUUUUGCCAAACAUUGGUUGUUGUUUUACCAGUGUGACUAUUGUAUAGAAAUGUUUAUAUUGCAUUGGUGGUUAUGAUAAAAAAAAAAAUGCACUUUAAUUAAAUGUUUGAAAAUAUACUUUUUGUACUUUUGCAAUUUAAUGAUUUUUUUUUUUUUUUUAACCUAGGUAAAAAUGAACCAAAAAUAUAUUGAGAGCCUCACUCUCAAACUUUGUUUCAUUAUAGAUGGUAUUUUACAUGUCAUUGAUACGUGUGCAAAUUGAUGUUCACUUUGUAAAUAAAAUUAAACUACACCAUAU